AUGGCUGCCGGCAAUGAGACUGGAUCCGCUGCCAUCUUUGUUCUUAUGGGCCUCUCAAAUGUUCCUCAUCUUCAAGCUGUGUCCUUCAUAAUCUUUCUCAGUAUUUACCUCCUCACCCUGGUGGGCAAUAUGAUCAUCCUCUCUGCUAUUGUCUCAGACCGCCGUCUGCAUAACCCCAUGUACUUCUUUCUAUCCAACCUGUCGAUAUUAGAGAUGUGUUACACAUCUGUCACCAUACCCAACAUUCUCACUAACAUCGUUCGGGGAAGUUAUACCAUCUCGUUUGCCGCUUGCAUUUGUCAGGUGUAUCUGUUUACAUUGUGCGCUACUACAGAGUGCAUUCUCCUCGCCAUCAUGGCCUUUGACCGCUACGUGGCCAUUUGCAUCCCACUGAGAUACAGAAACAUCAUGAAACCUUCACUGUGUCUUCAGCUCUCAGCUUCGGCUUGGUCUGGUGGUAUCAGUAAUUCCAUCAUCCAAAGCCUCCCGACUUCCCUGCUACCAUUCUGUGACCUUAACCAGAUCAACCGCCUUUACUGCGAGGUCCAGCCGCUGCUCCAGCUGUCGUGCAGUGACACAUCCAUUAACAAGAUUCUGACUUCGGUCUCGGCCUUGAUAUUUGGAGUUGGAUUUAUGUGCUUCAUCUUGGUUUCUUAUGUAUUUAUAAUUGCAGCCAUUCUACGGAUCCCGUCCUUGACUGGCAGGAUGAAGGCCUUCUCCACCUGCAGCUCCCACAUCACUGUGGUCACCCUGUAUUAUGGAGCGCUUAUCUUCAUGUACUUGAGGCCAACGUCAGACACCUCCCUGAGUAUAGACAGUGUGAUAUCUGCCGUUUAUUGCAUGGCCAUCCCUGUGUUAAACCCCAUCAUUUACAGCCUAAGGAACAAAGAGGUCAAGUCUUCCAUAUGGAACAUUGUAAAGUACAAAAUGAUAAACAAAACGUGA